AUGCCUAUCGGAAUCACGACCAGGGCAAUCUAUCACACGGCAAAUUACCAGGAAUCUUCCGACAAUGCCAGCAAAUCCGCCCUCUCAAGGUUACCGACCAAGACCCUUCUUCGAUCACUGGUCUUGACUUCGCUCAUGUCAAAGGAAUGGCUUCUGCGCCCAUCCCUCACCAUCCUGAAUAUGGUGGCCAAGUCUAAAUCUGCAAUUCUCAAUGCAGAUAGAAAUCCUUUUUUGAAUCGAAUACUACGUUGGACAAUUUACAACCACUUUUGUGCGGGCUCCAACAAAGCGCAGGUAGCCCGCUCCUUAACCGAAGUCAAGGACAUUGGGUAUCAAGGUGUGAUCUUGGGGUGGGCCAAAGAAGUUGUGCUAAAUCCCGUGGAUGGCGGUGUUCAUUCAGACAACGCCAAGUACGGACCAGCAUGUUAUCAAAUGAUCGACGAGUGGAAAGAGGGAACGCUGAACACGCUCCGUAUGCUGGGGCCAGGAGACUUCCUGGCAGUGAAGCUUACCGGCGCCGGCCCCAUCUCCUUGGAUGCCAUGAAGGCCCGGCAACCAAUCCCCGAACCACUUGGAAAAGCAUUGGAUGAGAUUUGUCUUGAAACUCAAAAGCAAGGCUCAAGACUGUGGAUCGACGCCGAGCAACAAGUGCUCCAGCCAGGAUUAGAUGAGUGGGUCAUCGCGUUAAUGUGCAGAUACAACCGGGGCAGAAAAGCUCUCGUUUACAAUACGAUCCAGGCGUACCUCAAGGGGUCUAGAGUCAACGCUGAACGGCAUAUUACCCAGGCAGCAAAGGAAGGUUGGACACUUGGUCUCAAGCUUGUCCGUGGAGCCUACAUCGAGCACGAAGUCCGGCGUCUAAUCCACGAGACCAAAGAGGAUACCGAUCGCUCCUAUGAUCUGAUCGCCGAUAUGGUCAUCUCCCAGAAAUUACCUAGUGGAGCAGGCCAUGUCGAUUUCCCUCCCUCGGCCCUGUUUCUUGCCACCCAUAACGCUGCGAGCGCAGGGAAAGCAAUGGAAACCCACCAACAGAGAAUUGAUGCUGGCCUUCCCACAACCACAUUGGAAUGUGGCCAAAUUAUUGGAAUGGCAGAUGAACUGAGUUGUGCGUUACUUGAUCGGCGCGAACAGUGUACGUCCAACUCGCCCACGGCCAUGGAAGCAGCACCUGGCGUCUUUAAAUUCCUGGCUGUUGGCUCUGUCGGGGAGUGUAUAGAGUACCUCUAUCGACGAGCCGUGGAGAAUCGUGGAGCCGUGCAGCGGACCGAGGAGAUGGUGACCGCCCUCAAGAAGGAGCUAUACCGACGGGUUUUUAACUAG